AAAGGCUCAGUUCAUCCAUUAACGUUGUAGCUAAAGGUUCCCGGUUUUGCACAGGAGCCCUCUAAGCCUACAACGACUUUAAGUUUUCUUGGUAUCCAAGAUAUCUUUAACGUCCGUUUCUUGUAAACUGUGAUCAUGAAUGGUUUCAAGUUGGCGUUGACAGUCUUUGGACUAGCCCUACUCCAAUCCGGAUGCGAGGCAGAUGCCAACUUCUUUUUCCCCAAUGCUCGAUCUCCCAAAGGUCGAAUGGCUCGUGCCACAGCUGUUCCCGUUCCUGCAGAAGAAGGCGAACAGAGCAACAUGUUGCCACAGCUUCAGAUUGACACGGCAGAAGAGGAUGAGACAGCCAUUCUGAAAUCCCUCAUCGACUCUGUUCUGUAUGAUGAUGACUCGAUCAUAAUUGAAUCACCAUCGCAGGGAGAACCUAUCAUGUUACAAGCAUCGGAGAAGGUUGGCUAUCAGGAGGAGGACCCUAACAAGAAGCCAGAUUCGCCCAUUUUCCACAUUCACAAGGCUGUCGACCCCGACGAUUACAUUCGCAAGCAUGCCUAUGAGCGACAUCAUGUUCCAAGAAAUGUGGAGGGACGACAAGGCUUGCCUGAUUUUGGAUCUCAGAUGCAAGCGAGUUUGGAAAACGAUCCCGAGGUCAAGUUUGGGUCACUGUUGCCUCAAUUGGCUGAAUUUGCCAACCCCGAGCCUCCAGCGAUGAAUUUGCUUCAAUUAAGACAAGCCGAGACUACCACUGAUAACGAGGCGUCACUCACAUCUCUGGACGACAAUUCUUCCGACGAUGAGAUUCGUUGCAUUCCCAAAGUGAUGCAGGUCGAAGAGACAGUUUAUGACCGGGCCAUCAAAUGUCAGCACAGCUACCAAGAGAAAUGUCACAUGACCUACAUCACAGACUACCGUUCGACCACUGAGGAGAAAUGCCAGACCACAUUCAAAAAGAAUUGCCAUAUCACAUUCAAACCCAUGCCCCUCAAUGAAACCGUGAAUGUUUGCCACACUCCUGUUGUCCGAAAGUGCGGCUCUGAGCCCGUAGGCCCAGAAAUUUGCAGUACCCACUACGAGACGAAUUGCGAGACUCAAUACAAGACCUAUGAAGUGGAACAAGACGAACCCGUGUGUCGCAUGGAAGUCAUGACAAAGUGCGAAAACGUGACCUUGCCAUUCCCCAAUGAUCCGUCCGUUCCCCGAAAUGGCCGUCAAGAUGAUGGAGAUGCCAACCCCGACGAAUCUACCCCCGCUCCAACUCCCGAACUCGUCACCCUGGACCCCGACAAUGCUCCCGAUACUCAAAGCGAUACUCAAAGCGAUACUCAAAAUGGUCCUCAAGGCAUCACCGUUGACCAAAGAUGCGAGGAAUGGCCAGUUCAAAAAUGUACCCUUGAGAAGAAGACCGUGAAGAAGGUGCAUCCCGACACUCAAUGCCGAAAGAUCCCUCGGGAGGUGUGUGUGCCCAAUAACUGUGCUUUGGUUCAAGCCGACGAGAUUUGCCGUGAUGAGGUCCGAAUGCAAGUCCAAAAUGUUCCUGAGGAGGAAUGCGAGCUCCAACCCGAGGAGAACUGCCACAUGGAAGCCGUUUUGGUGCCAAGAUUGGUGCCCCAAAACAAUUGCGUCAAGGUCCCCAAGGAGAUAUGCGUGAACACCAAGAAGAAUCCACGACGAGUGAAGAAGCCUGUGAUCAAGGAGUGGUGCUACAGACCCAAGGAUAUCCUCGAAAACCCCGGAGUUCUUCCCGCCGGAAUUUUCGAAGCGGACAAUACCGAUGGCACCAACAAUAAUGUCAACUUCUAGAAUGGCAUAAGUGCGCGAGCAUUUCGAAAAUCCGUGAACGCUGUGAAAUGCUUUUAGUUCUUCCAAUUGUUACAAAUUGUUCAACCCUACAAACAACUUAGCCGAUUUCGUUUUUCCUUGGUAUGGUAAGUGUCAAGGUUCCCACCCGCCCAACCUUGUGUGUCUAGAGAACCGAAAUAAAUGAUCAAAAUUGUUUCGA